CACCAGUGGUUUUUCUUCUUAAAUAGAUGUAGAUGUGCGUCCAUAUGCAAACAACAGCUUUGCUGAGUCUGAUUUCCUUUCUUCAAAUACACUGAAAACCUUUGGAUACUGUACAAUUUAUUGGUCAAAAUUUUGAACCAUGCUUACACAAUUCAGUGCUAUCAUGACCAUCAUUGCUGUGGCUGACGCUUGUGUAACAUCUUGUGAGUGUGUAGACAACACCACAAUCACUUGUUUAAACAAGAAUCUGUUGGAAUUGCCUCUACCUUUGCAAGGUACCAAGCAUCUCUUCGUAAGCAACAACAGGAUCCGGGCUCUUCCUAGUAAAGGUUUAGAAGAGUUACACAUAUUAGAUCUUACCAGCAACAACCUUAGUGAAUGGCUCACUGGUGCUACCAGACUCGGGAAUAUGGGAAACCUUACUCAUCUGCAUCUAAGAGGAAAUGGACUUAGUACUUUCAAGACUGGACUGUUUCAAGAACUGAAGAAUCUGACCUACUUGGACCUCACUGAAAACAAUGUCAAAAUUAUCCCACAGAAGUUCCUCCAAGGUCUGUGGAAACUUCAAACUCUUAGUUUGAGCUUAAACCACAUACAUACUCUCUCCUGUGGCACUUUUGAAGAAGCAUCUGAACUUAGGGAGCUCCACCUGAACAGUAAUAACAUAGAGGUGCUAGAUACGUGUGUGUUUGAGAACUGUGUCAAUCUAAACAGGCUCUUCCUGUCUCACAACCGUUUGAAAAGUGUAAAUCAAGGGACCUUCCGAAGUGCCAUUGGCCUGGUUCACCUUGAUCUCAGUAGCAACAUGCUUACCACUGUUCCCACUGAUGCCCUUAAGGACACCACUAAUCUCAUCAGCCUCUACUUGCAGAAAAACGCCAUCAGGUAUGUUCCUGAAAAUGCUUUCUCUGGGCUAUCAGUGUUACAAAAACUGCAUCUGUACAGUAACCGCAUUGAUUUUUUAGCUGUGAGCUCUUUCAGUGGUCUUGGUGAACUUGCUGAACUAGAUUUGAGUCUCAACCAGUUGCAGUCUCUCUCCUCACAGCAGUUUCAGGCUCUAAGAAAACUAGAAAACCUUAAUCUAUAUCACAAUGCAUUGACAUUUCUUCCAAAUGACCUGUUUAAUCAUUUGAAAAAAUUAAAAGAACUACAGCUUGACAGAAAUAAUAUUCAGGUGAUCCCACCAGAUCUAUUUCGGCCACUUUCAAAGCUCAGGUUUUUACAGCUUGACAUUAAUCGUAUCUCAGACCUCAACCUAUCCUCUUUUGCACCAAUGAGAAAGCUUAAACAACUGGAUCUAAGCAACAAUCAACUGUCAAAAAUUUCAAUGGGCAUUUUACACAAGGAACCAUUGCCACUUCGUCAUGCCCAGCACCAAUCCUCACAAGGGGACCCGAAACUUAGCGACCUUAACCUGAGCAAUAAUAAAAUCUGGGCGAUAGAUAAGCACGUAUUUGAAAACUACACUAAUCUGAAGAAACUCUCUUUGUCCAACAACCAUUUGAAAAACUUAGAGGAAGGGACAUUCAAGGGUGUACAGGUCCUGACUCAUCUUGAUCUCAGUGAAAACAGGCUUACAUCUGUGCCCAUCCUUGCACUUAAGGAUACCUCUAAUCUCACAAGUCUUUACCUGCAGAAAAAUGCAAUCACAUUCAUCCCUGAAAAUGCUUUCUCAGGACUGUCUGCACUGAGGAAACUAGACUUGAGCAAUAAUGCCAUUUUAAAUUUAAAUGAGAAGUCCCUGAUGUUUCUGUUCAAUCUUGUGGAGUUAGAUUUGAGCUUCAACCAACUGCAAACCUUUACAAGUGCACUUCAAGACUUGGGGAAACUGAAGAUCCUUAAAUUGCACCAAAAUGCUCUGGUUUCACUUCCUAAUGGUGUGUUCACCAAUUUGACGGAAUUAACUGAACUACGGCUAGAUAGCAAUUAUCUUUCUGACAUCUUACCGGAUCUAUUUUAUCCACCAACCGAACUCGGAGAUUUCGACACGGAUAGUCAUCAUAUCUCUGGGUUUAACUCAUCCUCAUGCACAGCACUGACAAACAACGUCCUGACAAAGAUUUUACCCAAAAACUCCAAUGAUCUUUUUAACAUUACACCACCAACCAAUGAUCAUGUGAAAUCCCCAGCCUCACUAACAGAUGCCAAACUUGAGGAGCUUUUGGUCAGUAAUAAUACAGAGACGAUGGAUAUAAACUGCACCACUGCAAUCAGGCACUAUUUGUCCAACAACCACUUGAAAAGUGCAGAGAAUGGAACAUUUAAGCAUUCACUGAGAUUGACUAAUCUUGAUCUUAGCAAAAACAAGCUCACUUCUAUCCCCAGUGGUGCCCUUAAGUAUACUACCAAUCUCACUAGCCUCUACCUGCAGAAAAAUGCAAUCACCUUUGUCCCUGAAAAUGCUUUCUCUGGACUAUCUGAAUUAAGGAAAUUGGAUUUAAGCAAAAAUCAACUUGUUAUUUUGCAUGAGAACUCCCUGGCGGGGCUUUUCCAGCUUUCUGAACUAGAUUUGAGCUUCAACCAGUUGCAGGAUCUCUCCUCAAAUGUGUUCCAAGACUUGGGCAACCUGGACGUUCUUAACUUGUACCACAAUGAUCUGCCAUCACUUCCCAAUGGCUUAUUAAACAAUCUGACCAAAUUAAGAGAAUUGGUGCUUGAACGAAAUAAUAUCUCUGUCAUCACACCAGAUCUAUUCCACCCAUUGACCGAACUCCGAGAAUUACAGCUGGACAACAAUCACAUCUUGGAGCUCAACUUCUCUUUAUUUAGAACACUGACAAAGCUGCAGCAAAUCUAUCUAAACAACAACGUUAUUAUGAGAAUUCCCAAGCAUUUUCUACACAAAGCACAACAUCUGAAGAUUCUACAACUGAUGAACAAUCACAUUCACUUCGUUUCACGGUUUGCUUUCAAAGGCCUUAACAGACUCCGUUCUCUGAGACUCAGUAACAACAGCAUUUCUCUUCUCCAUGCUGAGAUGCUGACUGGUCUUCACGACUUACGGGAGCUCGGGCUAAAUAUGAACCAGAUAGAGAGGAUCCCAACUGGGUUUUUCGCGGGGCUUCAAAACCUGAGAAUGCUCGACUUGGCUAACAAUGUUUUGAGUUCCCUGUCCAGUGAUGAUUUCAAGGACUUGACAACAUUAAGAGAGUUACACCUGAGUUUCAACAAACUCGAUAAACUACCACAUGACAUUUUCAGGACACUCGGCAGGCUGCAGAAACUCUUCUUGCAAAACAACCUCCUGUCCCACUUACCCCCAACAGUAUUCUCUACUUUGACCUUUUUGCAAGAGCUUGAUUUGGAUAACAACAAGCUCCAGCAUCUUGCCAAUGUACAAUUUCAAGGCCUGAAGAACUUGAAACAGCUUCAUCUCCGAUCGAACCAAUUACAGUCACUGGAUGAAGGGACCCUGGCGGAUAUGACAGCACUGAAAUCCAUAUAUCUCAGAGCAAAUCCAUGGGACUGCUCUUGUGCGUCUACCUAUGUCAGUACAUGGAUCCGUAAGAAUAGUCAGUUAGUAAAGGAUAAAGCUACCUGCUCUAGACAUCGUUCUCUUCCUGUCUCAGAUAAACAUUGUGUCAGUGCUGCACAUUUCCCUGUAUGUAAACCACACACACAGAUAAUAACCAUUCUAACAGUUGUCACUGUGUGUGCUUACAUUCUGUGAGAUCGUUGUUUUUUGUUUGCAAACUGAUUUUGCUUCCUUUUGCUGUAGCACAAAAGAUGCAUCGUAAACUUAAACUACAGCUGUUUAAAAAUGUGACUAUCAACGAUUCAAUACCAUUUUUGUUUUUAUUUUAGCCUCAAACCUGGCAUCUUGUAUAACCUUUAAUAGCUUUUGUUCUGAACCUGCUUUGUGAUUAUGUGCAUUAUUAAAUGGCAUACAAAUAAAAUGCUUCUGUUAUCGCUUGCAAAAGUAAAUAUUUCUCUGUGCUUAUGUCUUUUCAAAUACUACAAGAAAGAAUAUUAGUAGAUUUUUAUUACCCAAAUACAGGUCACGACCAUACCACCUACCCACUGA